AUGCCUCGCUGGCCCACGAGGCUUUCGACCCAUUCGGCCGAAGUCUCGCUGGCAGGCCUCGCCUCCAACAGGUUGUGGCAAUCCCAGACUCAGGAGGUGCAGGCUCCCAAUGAAAGCGUCGACGGCAACCUGCGCGCAGCCGUUGACCUUGCGGCGCACGACCUUCGGGCACUCCAACUGGCACAACGCACUCGGCAAAACCUGGGCGAGACUGCGGCGCCCCACAAGCUCGUCGGCGCCGUCCUGCCCAGCCAACCUCACGGUCAUAUCACCCGUGCCGCCCUGCCCAUCAAGCUGAAGCGCGAUCGUCUCCAGGCCGCCGAAGUGCACCGAAACGGCGAGGGCGCGCGCGAUGAAUGA